GCUGGAAAAUGUUAAACAGAAUCCUGCUUGGCUGUGAUGCACUUAACAGGAAGAAAAAGUUAGCUAGCAAAAACCAAGUAAAGUAGCCAAUGAAAAAUGCAAAACCAGUUCACUUUACUUCUUUUCCUGCACAACCCUUGUUGUUCCUCUAAAACCCUCUCCUCUCUUCUUCUCUGCACCCUCCAUGGCCAAAAUCUGGGUUGAAAUAUGCUUGAUAUCAGCUCGUGGGGUGAAGGGUCCACCCUCACUAUGGAAACGUCAAUGGUAUGCUGUUGGGUGGGUUGAUCCUAGCACCAAAUACUGCACCAAAUUUGAUGCUUCUGGGAAUGCAAACCCUGUUUGGAGAACCAAGUUUGCUGUUCAGGUUGAUAGUGAAGUGCCUAACUUCAAAGAUCUUUCACUGAAUGUGGAAGUUUACAGUAGAGAUCCUGUGUUCUUCACAGAGAAGCUUCAUGGCUCAGCAACUGUUCUUCUCAAAGAGUUUCUUGCCAAACAGCUACAAAGCUCUGGGAUUCCGAGGAAUGAGGAAGUUGGGAGUUACCAGUUGAGGAAGAAGAAAUCUAACAAGCCAAGUGGGUUUGUUGAUGUUUCAAUUCGUGUGUUUGAGGACAAGGAAGAGGUAGAUUCACACCCAGGUGAGGGGGGAGGAAUAUUGCUGUCAGAUCAUGGCAAUAAGGGUAGAUUUGGGCAAGCCUAUCCACACCAAAUGGCUCCAGCUUCAUUCCAUGGACCAGAAAAACAAGCACAAAUCAAUACCCCUUACUCACAUCCAGUUCCAUUUCCUGCAAACUACUCUAACCCAUAUGUGGGUGGACCAAGCUACCCUGCAGCUGCUGGACCGAGUUAUCAACCACCCAGAACUCAUCCACCACCGCCGCCGCCACCACCCUCAAACACUGGUUAUAUUCCCAGUUUUCAUCCUAGUAAUGAUGGAUUGGGACCUAGUUAUUUUAAUAUGGCAUCAUCAUCAUCUGGUGCAGCCCCUAGGCAGAGGGGACCUCCAGGGUUUGCAAUGGGUGCAGGUGCUGGAUUAGCAGCUGGUGCUGUAAUGUUUGGUGAUAACAUCAUGUCAUUAUUUGAUUUUCCUUCAGGCCUAGCAGAUCCCAUUAUUAACAUUGCAACUGAUCCUCUCUUCUAAAUAAGUAUUGACUAUUGAGCAGCUUCUGUAAAUAUAUUGGGCUCCACAGCCUACAUGUGAACCAGAUAUUUCCAUGCCAUAAGAUUUUGGGGUUAACUGUGAUAAAGAAAAUGGUGGUAUGUGUUUUCUUUUGUCUGAAUCUGGAAGGUCAAAUUGAUUCUUUUA